UUUCUAUGAAUGUAUGAUGUAAAUAUUAACCCAAAAAACUGUUCUGUCAUGACAUUAUUAUUAUUAUUAUUAAUUUUGGACGUUCGAUAUGUUGAAAAAUGUUAAUGCAUAAUUCAAAGCAAAAAUGUUGGACUUCCUGCAUCUUCUUCGAGGAAGAUUCGUGGAGUACAUAGAUAUAGACUUAACAUUGUGGCUCACAUGGUGUCUAACCCCAUUGAUAGUAACUUUUUUACUUCCUUUGAUUAUAGUCAUAUUAUUUUAUUUUACCGCGUUUACCUUGUACAUAUACAAACUUCAUUGGAGAAAUAUAAAGGACACUCUUUCAUCGGGGGACCGAUGGGAGGCAGGAAGAAAGUUUGUUGGUGCCGUUUGGGAUGCGCACGGUUGGAUUUGGCAUAGUUACGAAAUAGACGGAUUAGAAAAUAUUCCAGAUUCAGAACCCGCCCUUAUUAUUUAUUACCAUGGAGCGAUUCCUAUUGAUAUUUAUUAUUUUUUAGCUAAAGUUUAUUUCCUUAAAAACCGCAUGGUUCAUACUGUAGCGGAUAAUUUUCUGUUCAAAUUCUCAGGUUUCGGUAUAAUAGCAGAUUGUAUGAAGGUAGUACCAGGAACAAUACAAAGUUGCGCUAAUAUUCUAAAGGAAGGAAAUGUUCUAGCAAUAUCCCCUGGCGGGGUUUAUGAGGCACAAUUCAGCCGAAACUAUAAUUUAAUGUGGAAAAAACGCUUCGGAUUCGCGAAAGUAGCAAUAGAAGCGAAAGUGAAAAUAAUCCCCAUGUACACUGAGAAUUUGAGGGAGGCAUUUAGGACAGUUGGAAUUGGACGUAGAAUUUUCCUGAAAUUGUAUGCAAAGUUCAAGCUGCCUUUCGCACCUGUAUACGGGGGUUUUCCAGUAAAACUCGUCAGUCACAUCGGAAAACCUAUUGAUUAUGAUCCAAAUCUAACGCCUGAAGAACUCCAGAAGAAGAUUUCUUUCAGGUCAGCGAUUCACUGGAAGAAUUGAUCCAGAGACACCAGAGGUUACCAGGAAGUAUCCUUAUGGGACUUAUGGACAGAAUUCCAUAUUUUAGGAAACGCUUUCCUAAGAAUAGUCACGAUGAUUGAAAAACGUACUUAAGAAAAACGAGUUUCUGCUGUAAAUUAACAAUUUUAAUUUUUGGGCUAGGUCGAUAUCAAGACGAGUUGUAGAAUAAGAAGGAAGAUUCCGGUUGUAAAAUUUUUUAAUUUUUUUGUAUGAUAAAAUUGUUGAUUAUAAACGAGUAUUAAAUUGAAAAAAAAUAAAUUCAAUUUUAAGUAAA